CACGCGCUGUGCGUCGCCGACGCCACCGCGAAGGACCAGCCCAUCGUCUUCGCCAACGAUAACUUCUUCGUGCAGACGGGGUAUCCCCCGGAGGAGGUGCUGGGGCGCAACUGCAGGUUCCUGCAGGGACCGGGGACGGACAGGGAGACGGUCAGGGCCAUGCGCGAGGCGAUCGCGAAAGGUAAGGAGUUCCACGGGCGGCUCAUGAACUAUCACAAGAACGGGACGAGUCUCGUCAACUCGUUGGUCAUGUCGCCGCUUCGGGACGAGAAGGGAGUUGUGACCCACUUCAUCGGCAUACAG